CUAACCACCAUGUUCCUUUUACUCAGAUACUCCUUCGCAUUCUUCUUCACCCUUCUCCUCGCAUCACCUUCAUACAUUGUUUCAAGAAUUACGCAAGAUCACACAUUUGCACUACCAGCCACAAAAAUAGUCAUCAAAGACCACAACAACAUUCAUAGCUUCCCCAAUGCUGGUAGAGGCAGCAAAAUCACAGGCAUAUCACAAUUCAAAAGAUACCUAUCACGUUUUGGGUAUCUCCCAUUGCAGAAAAACAACACUUUCAGCGAUGAAUUUGAUGCCAAGUUCGAAUCAGCUCUCAUCAGAUACCAACAAAAUCUUGGGCUCCAAGUCACUGGGAAGCUCGAUUCAAACACAGUUUCUCAAAUGAUCACCCCAAGAUGCGGUGUUCCAGACACAAAAGAGGCUCACAAUAAUCAUAAUCAUCACCACAACAACAACAACAUCAUGCAUUCCUCAAAGCAUUUUGUGUAUUUUCCUGGAAAACCAAGGUGGUCGCGUGACAUGCCAAUGACACUAACCUAUGCCUUCUCACAAGAUUACAUGAUACAUAGCUUAACCAUGCAUGACAUAAGAGAAGCAUUUCAACUUGCAUUCAUGAGAUGGGCUUCGGUUAUUCCAGUUAGUUUUGUUGAAGAAAAGGACUAUGCUUUUUCAGAUAUUAAAAUAGGGUUUUACAAUGGUGACCAUGGUGAUGGUGAACCCUUUGAUGGGGUGCUUGGUGUGCUUGCUCAUUCUUUCUCGCCGGAGAUUGGGCGGCUCCACCUUGAUGCGGCGGAGACAUGGGCGGUGGAUUUUCUUGUAACAAAGUCUGAGGUUGCCGUGGAUUUGGAGUCAGUGGCAACACAUGAGAUUGGACACUUGUUGGGGUUAUCUCAUAGUUCAGUGAAAGAGGCUGUUAUGUAUCCAAGUCUUAGGCCUAGAGAUAAGAGAGCUGAUUUGAACAUUGAUGACAUAAAGGGAGUGCAAUCUUUAUAUGGGUCAAACCCUAAUUUCAGAUCUGAGUGGUCAUUAGAAUCUGAUAUGUCUGCAAAUCAAGGUGCUGAGUUUGGAGUGAAACCUUUUAGGUUGGCUAUUGGUUUUAUUAUUAUGUUUCAGCUGAUUAUAAUUUGA